AUGAACCAGAUGAACGUCGGCAUGAACCCCGGGAUGGCAGGCCCAGUGGGUGGUGUUCCGAUGAUGAACAACGGCUCCACAGCUCCUCGUAAUGACGGUACCAUGAAUAUUCCUGAACAAAUGAUCAACAACCUCAACACCUAUAUCUACGACUACUUUUUGAAACGUGGCUAUCACGACUGCGCCCGCGCACUCAUCCAAGAUGAAAACAUCAAACUUAACACUGACUCGGGUGUCAAGACGAGCCCCGGUAACCGGCGCGACGAUGUGAACGGGCUCGAUAGCGAUGCGAUGAUGACGGACGGAAAGGAUGGUGAGAAGAUCAAGAUCCCGGAUGAUCUCCCUCGCCCCAACCUCCCCAGUGAAAGUCUGCAGUCUUCAUUUCUUCUGGAUUGGUUUAGUCUCUUCUGGGAAUUUUUCUGGGCUCAGCGGAAGAAGGGCAACAGUCAUGAAGUCCGGCAAUACCUCCAACAUACUCAGAAUUUGAUGCGCCUCCGUGAACAACAGCAAACUCACAUGAUGCGACCGCAGCAACCCAUGAUGCCCGGCCAUAUGGGUAAUCAGAUGAAUAUGCGUCCCCGCCCUGGCAUGGUCCAGCACCCCGGCAACAGCCAACUAAAGACCGCGUUGGCGAAUAACACUACCGGAAUGUAUGCUAUACCUUCUCUGGCAUCCUUUCAAAGUAUAUUGGAAGUGCAGGUAGCCUUCCAGAAACAGCAGCAUAUGAAUAUGAUGCAGCAGUUGGCUCGCGAGCAGUCCAUGGAGGACAUGAACGGGAAUCGACCGCAAUCUCCUGCCUCCACCGACAACGCUCCGUCGCCAUCGAAAAAACCUCGCCUCGACGGCCACCCGAACGGACAGCAGUUGGCACCUGGAGGACGUGGACAAGGACAGGGAAUGCCGGGACCAAACCCACAGAUGAUGAUGCCGAACGGAAUGCCCCCGCGGAUGAAUCCGUCGCAAUUCCAGGGCCAGUUUCCGCCGGGACAGGUUGCAGCGCAACAGAAAUCCAUGCAGGUAUUAUAUGCUCAAAACUUAGCCUCUCAUCACUCGCGCUCAGCAAUUUCCCAGAUUCCGAAUGGUGGUAUGAUGAACCCCGGCGUGAUGCCAAACCAGGGGGACCUGAUGACGAUGCCUGAUGGCCAGACAAUGUACCAAAUGGGUGGAGAGUACUACAACGCCAAUGGUCAACUCACUCAGGUCCGCCCCGGGAUGGCAGGCACACCGAACGGUCAGCACGGCGGCAACCACGCUCUUCAAGAUUAUCAGAUGCAGCUUAUGUUGCUCGAGCAGCAAAACAAGCGCCGCCUGAUGAUGGCUCGCCAGGAGCAGGACACCAUGUCUCGUGAUGGCCAGCCGAUGCCACCGGGAGCCUUGCCGCCAGGCACCUCUCCGAACAGCCGGACGGGCGCAUCACCAAACCCGAGCGAUCAAAUGAAACGGGGCACACCUAAGAUGCCUCAAACCGGUCUUCCCGGAUCACCCAGCGCUGGUGACCUUGGUCAGAACCGCGGAUCGCCAGGAUCCAUGCACCUCAACGGCCAGAUGCCUGACAUGGCAGCUCAAUUCUUCCCUGGACCGGGCGGGCCCAACAUGCGUCCUCCGAGCUCCAACCCAUCCUUUAGCGGUCCCCAGCCCAUUCCUGCCAAUGCUGCUAACCGCGUUCCCAGUGGUCAGUGGCCACCAGGACAGAUGCCGCCCCAGCAUUCUCCUGCGACUCAGCCUCAAGUUGGUACACCGCAGGAACGAGGCAACAUGCCUCCACCUCAAGCACCACCUACCGCUGGUGGUAACGCCGGCCGUGCUCAGGAGUCUCCUGCUGGCAGCAAUGCGCCACCUACUCCUCAGCCGCCUUCUAAGCCUGCGCCCAAGAAGCGAGACAAGAAGACUCAACCCAAGGGAGGCAACAAGAAGGGCCAGGCUGCCGCUGCCGCCGCAUCGGCUGAUGCCGCCGACCCUUCGCAAACGCCAAACCCGCCCACUCCAGUCACGCCUCAUCCUCCCACUAAUACCUUCAAGAGUGGAGCCAAUGCAAACGCACCACCACAGCAAACAUCGGCUCCUGCCCCUCCCCCGAUGGUUCAAUCUACUCCUGACCAGACCCAGCCAUUCGCCACUGAAAUGAGCAUGACUGAUAACACUCCCUUCAAUCUCGACUUCAGCGCUCUGGAUAACCCCGAUAUCUUGGAGAGCUUUGAUUUUGAUACUUUCCUGAAUACCGAUGCUGCUGGAACUGACUUCGGCUUCGACCCCAGCAUGCCCUACAACACCGAUGGUGUUGAGACUGGGGCCGGUGACGGUCUCUGAAUGAUGCAAAAGUCUUGAUGGUCCUCUUCAGGUGCUUUAAACCUCUCCGAUAUACCCUUGUUUUGUACAUUUGAUUUGAUUUGGCAGCUUCUUAACCUUUGCCCUAUUCCUCUCUG